AAGCCACGGGGUGACGCUUCCAUGUGUGGCAAAAGGUUGCGCUGACUCGGGGAUGUCAUCGACCCCGCUCCUCUCUGUUGGUUUUCGGCUCGGGAGCCUGGUGAGGAACACACCAUCAAAAAGAUGGCGUGGAAAACAUGCAGUCAAGCGGGUCAGUCGUGUGAGAGGCCAAAGGCGCAACUUCGCAAGCUGUCCAAAUCCGCUGUGGAUCCCCGGAGCCUGAGGCGGAAGCACCGGGAACGUUAUGGCGUUUGCCCCGGCGGCCCUUCGUCACCCGGGCGUCGUACUGCAAACCCCUGCCUUCGUCGUGCGAAGACCGUCGUGAUCGUUCUCCAUGUCGGCCAGCUUGAUGAGAGUGUCGGACUCGGGCGCACCUUGGGCCCACCACACCAACCAUUUCGUGUGGGACAGCCCAAACCGCCUAUCCCCAUUCCAAGGCGCCCCGUCAGGAAUCCAGCAGCAAAAGACGGGGGGCACAGUGCGAAACCCGACAAACACGACCUCCCAGCCCAGCCGCUUCUUCAGGGAUGUCUCUCUCAUGCGGUUGGCCAGGCUCGAGCCCAGGCUUCCACACUUGAAAUGCGAAAGAGACGCCACAAAUCCAAAGAACGAUGUUCGAGCAAGGAUAAGGUUUGCGGAACACACGGCAUGCGAAAUCACUCGACAUGGAAUCUGCGCCGCUGGGACAAACGAAGCUCCGAAGAUGCUCCCUCGGGCCCUGGUCCCAAACAGGCUGUGAGUUGCACGCUGUCGUCGCGGACGCCGCAAACUCGCAACCAAUCACGAAUCGGGGUUCGCCGUGGGGCAACGCCAUGUGCGCAGCGCCAGAGCAAGGCUCAGGCUUCGUGGGCUUUCAGGUCUCGGCCGGCCUUGGGGUGCUCGCUUGGUGCGGAGCUUGCCCACUUGCUGGCCCCGCCCUCGGGGCGUUGAUUGGGUUCGGUUUGCGGUUCAGGGGCCGGCCUUUGCGGCGGCUGAGAUUGAAAAACCAGUUCUGGAACAUCGAGGCUCGAGAAACGACAAGAAAAGAAAAUGGCUCGCUGGAGUGACAUGCCCAGUGUGCCAGUCUCCUUCGAGCAUGUGUC